UUGGAGCAGAGCAGCAGGUGAUGUGUCCCAGGUCUCAUUAGACUCCUGUGACUGCAGCAUGAUGCACAGUAUGGGUGUGAGGACGGGGGUAGGAAGACUACAAUGGAAGCUGCUGUGAUGGCCUUGGAUAUGGACUUUGAGGACGUGGCCAUUGCCUUCUCCCAGGAGGAGUGGGGGCUCCUUGAUGAGGCUCAGAGACUUCUGUACUGCGAGGUGAUGCUGGAAGUGUUUGCACUGGUCUCAUCUGCAGGUUGCUGGCAUAAAACGGAUGAUGAGGAGGUCUGUCCUGAGCAGAGCUUAUCUGUUCAAGGAGAACCACAGGUCAGGGCUCCUAAGACAGCUUCAGCAACCCAGAGGACCCAUCUGUGUAAGCGGUGUUUCUCUGUGUUCAAAGAUAUUCUGCACCUGAGUGAGUCACAAUCAGCAGACUUUGAGCAAAAAGGCUUCUUCAUUGAUGCAUGUGUGAGAGACUUCUGUUUCAGUGCAAACCCUCAUCAGCAACAGAGGGAAGCCAGUGGAGAGAAGUUCUGGAAAGGAGCUGUGGACAGGGCCUCGUUUGUGACCCGGUGCAGCUUCUACUUACCUUGGGUGCCUUCAAUCAGUAGGGAGGUUGGGAACAUCUUCCCAGCCAUCUCAGAGCUUCUCCAGCACCAGGCCCCUCUCACCACUGAGGAGCCACACAGUGGCAGGGAGAUUUCACAGGAAUAUCUUGGUGGAAAAAGUCUUCAGCAGACUUGUAACUGUGAAAUAUUUGGCAUCCACAACCAUAAAGUUUUUCAGCAUCAGGGUGCCUGCUCUGGAGAAGUGAACUCUGACAGUUACAAAUGUGGGCAAGUUUUUAGAGGAAGCUUGAACCUCAUUCCAUCUGGAAGAAGUCACUCUAGAGAAAAGCCCUAUGAGUGUGCUGUUUGUGGGAAGUCCUACAGGCAAAGGUCUCACCUCACUGAACACUACCGUGUUCACACUGGAGAAAAGCCCUAUGAGUGUACUGACUGUGGGAAAUCUUUUAGGAGCAAUAAUGUGCUCCUUAACCACAAGAAAAUUCACACUGGAGAAAAGCCAUAUCAGUGUUGUGAUUGUGGAAAGUCCUUCAGGCAAAGGUCUCAACUGACUGUACACCACCGUGUUCACACUGGAGAAAAACCCUAUGAGUGUACUGAUUGUGGGAAAUCUUUUAGGAACAAUAGUAACCUCCUUAACCACAAGAGAGUUCACACUGGAGAAAAGCCAUAUCGGUGUUGUGAUUGUGGAAAGUCCUUCAGGCAAAGCUCUCAACUCACUGAACACCACCGUGUUCACACUGGAGAAAAGCCCUAUGAGUGUGCUGAUUGUGGGAAAUGUUUUAGCAGCAAUAUUAACCUCCUUAACCACAAGAGAGUUCACAGUGGAGACAAACCCUAUGAGUGUGCUGAUUGUGGGAAGUCUUUUAGGAUCAAUAAUUCACUCCUUAACCACAGGAGAGUUCACACCGGAGAAAAACCUUUUGAAUGUAGUGAUUGUGGGAAGUUGUUUAGACUAAAGGGGAACCUCACUAAACACCACAGAGUUCACACCGGAGAAAAGCCGUAUGAGUGUAGUGCUUGUGGAAAGUCCUUCCGGCAAAGGAAUUCACUUAUUCUACACCACAGAUUUCACACGGGUGAAAAACCUUAUGAGUGUAGUGAAUGUAGGAAAUCUUUUAGGACCAAUAAUCACCUCAUUACCCACAAGAGAGUUCACAGUGGAGCAAAACCGGAUGAGUGUACUGAUUGUGGGAAAUCUUUUAGCUACAAUAUUAACCUCCUUGACCACAAGAGAGUUCAUACUGGAGAAAAACCAUAUGAGUGUACUGAUUGUGGGAAGUCCUUCAGGAGAAGCUGUCACCUCUCCGAACAUAAGAAAAUCCACACAGGCGAAAAACCUUUUGAAUGUAGUGAUUGUGGGAAGUUCUUUAGGCAAAAGUCUACCCUCAUUCAACACUCCAGAGUUCAUACCGGAGAAAAGCCAUAUGCGUGUAGUGAAUGUGGGAAAUGUUUUAGCUGCAAACUUAGCCUUGUCAGACAUCUGAGAGUUCACAUUGGAGAAAAGCCUUAAAUGUGCAGGGUAUUUUUAUCUUUCGCACUCUACAACACUGAAGGAGACUUGAACCCACUUACUUGAGUAUAAACCCCUCUUAUCUGAACAUACACUGUGCGAAAUUCCUCAUAAGUAUGAGGUACAAUUUAAGGCUUGAAGGAUCUACAUUGCACUUGCUAACUUGCCGAGGACUCCACCUCAUUGGUGUCACUGCAAGUAUUUGUGGCUGAAGUGACCUCCUCUACCACCUGGCUCAGCUGAACAGUGUGCAUCAGUCACCA